AGGGGGCGGGGCUGUGUGCUGCCCGCGCUCGUUGGGUUGGCUCGGGUCGGUUCGGGCCUGGCAUCGCAUGGCGCUGCGGAAUGGUGUAGGGCCUUGGCAGGGUGCCUGCUGUCCUCUCAGCCUCGCUUCCUAGUCGGGAACGCAGGCAGGUGCAAAUGAUAUUAUGAGAGGCAGAUGUCUCACUUGGUCACUACCAGCAUGGCGAGUCCGGCUGUGGAGUCGCUGUACCCGCAGAAGGACAUGACGCUGAAUAAAAGGGAUGGAUUUGAAGACUUGAUGGAAGAGCGCAGACACAGCAGUGAUCUCAGAUAUGCCAUGCGAUGUUACACUCCAGUAGUUUACAAGGACCUCGUGCCCCGUACCCCUAGUGCUCUCAGGAGCAUUGUAUUGAAAUCUGACCAAGUGCAAUAUGUUAUCAGACAGUUAGCAAAAGAAACUGGUGAAUCUCCAGAUAUCAUUAACGAUGAAGCAGCUGACAUUUUGGAGAAGAUGGGCCAUGGUCUUCGGUUAAGUGUAGUCCGGUUCUUUGCAUUUACCCUGAGCAAAGUAUUUAAAGCCCUAUUCCAGAAAGUGCGAGUGAACGAAGAGGGAAUCCAGAAGCUACAUCAGGCUAUACAAGAAUAUCCAGUUGUUCUGCUGCCUAGCCAUCGCAGCUACAUAGACUUCCUCAUGUUGUCAUAUAUCAUGUACACGUAUGACCUCUGCUUGCCAGUCAUUGCUGCUGGAAUGGAUUUUAUGGGAAUGAAAAUAGUUGGAGAGAUGCUGCGAAUGUCAGGUGCUUUUUUUAUUCGCCGUUCAUUUGGAGGAGACAAAUUGUACUGGGCAGUUUUUUCUGAAUAUGUGAAAACAAUUUUGCGGAAUGGUGAUGCUCCUGUUGAAUUUUUUGUGGAAGGGACUAGAAGUCGUACUGGAAAAUCUCUUACUCCCAAAUUAGGACUUUUGAACAUUGCAAUUGAACCUUUUUUGAUGGGGGAGGUUUUCGACAUGUACUUAGUUCCCAUAAGUAUAAGCUAUGAGCGAAUCCUGGAGGAAUCCCUGUAUGCACACGAGCUUCUAGGAGUACCAAAGCCGAAGGAAUCGACUUCUGGUUUGUUGAAAGCCAGGAAGAUUCUGAGUGAAAACUUUGGAAGCAUACAUGUUUACUUCGGGCAGCCUGUGUCGGUGAGAUCGCUAGCAACUGGGGCAGUUAAGAGAUCUCAGUACAACUUGGUCCCUAGGCAUAUUCCUCGGAAACCAUGUGGAGAUGUACAUAGAUUUCUCGAUGCUGUAGGCCAUAGAAUGGUGAUGUUGCAGCAGAAAAACAUGGUCAUCAGUUCCUGGGCACUGAUAGCUACAGUGAUCAUCCAAAACCUGCCCAGCAUUCCUUUGUCGGAUCUCACCAGACAGACACUAUGGCUCAAAGCAAUUGCAGAAACAUUUGGUGCUUUUGUUGACUGGCCUGGGAAUGUUACAUCUGACAAGGUGAUUCGCUCAAGUCUUGCCCUACACCACAAUGUAGUGAAGACAGUCAAAGACCAGGUUGUGCUCUGUCAAGAAGGGACAUCAGCUAAAUUCACAGUAGAAGAUAUUUUCAAGUACACCAUUUCUGUGCUGAUGUGUGCAUCCUAUAGAAAUCAGAUACUACAUGUUUUUGUGCGCCCUGCCUUAGUAGCAGUUGCAUUUCAAAAUGCUCAAAGUUGCAGGAAAGAGGAUGUCUACAGCUGCUUCAGCUACUUGCAUCAAGUAUUGUCUGACGAGUUUAUUUUUUUGCCAGGAGAUCUUGUCAAGGACUUUGAUGAAGGGCUGUACUUAGUUAUGAAGAGUGGUGCCAUUCAGGGCUCCCACACAGACCUCUACAUUUCUGAAAAAGGCAGUGCCACCAUUUCCUUUUUGUCAGACAUGUUCAGACCUUUUCUGGAAGGUUAUCAGGUUAUUUGCAAAUAUCUGCUGAGCACAGAAUUCACUGACAAUUUUACUGAGAAGAGGUUUGUCACUGAAAUACGAAGCUAUGCUGCAGAACUCAUUUUAACAGGUGCCAUAAAAUAUAACGAGGUCCUCUCACUGGAUAUGCAGAAAAAUGCAUUGGCUGCUUUAGCCCGGCUUGGUGCUGUGGAGAAACUGAAGAUAGCUAAUGGAAAUGUCUAUAAGGUGAACAAGCAGACUGUCAUGAGGGUAGCAGACAUGUUGGUGCCCAUGGUUCCAAUAAAACGUGCUGCUGUGGCCAGGCUUUGAGUCCAGAUAUCUUGCAGUUCCUGGGGAAGCUAUACCUGCAUUCUGCUAGUGACAGAUGGAAUUUGUUUUUAUAUUUUGAAUAUGUGAAACCCAGGCACUGAGCUGAUUGGAAAGAAAUGGUGCAGAAAAUGGAGCAGGUCCAGGGUCAGGAAACGCUUCUGUUCUGAACAGCUAGAAAUCCCUGUAACAAUGAAUUCUUAGUGCUUAUGUUUUGAAUUGCCUUCACCUACAGUGUCUUCUUUGUUUUUUUUAAACUAAGUUAUGCAAGUGGAGAUUUUGUUACAUGUAAAUAUUAGUGCACCCAUACUAGGACUGAAAUGUGUUUUUAGCUGGAGCAGUCAAAAGUCCAAAGAAGUCUGAGUGGAAGAGUUUAAAGGUCAGUUUCUCAUGACUGAUAAGAUAAUACUGCUUUGUUUAAAUUUCUUUGAACAUCUGUGGGGCCAUUGCUGGAGAUAUCUUUGAGAUGCAGUUACAAUUAUGGGCAAAAAUGUUCCUGACGGCACUUCCUGAAAACUACCAAAGUAAAAUGAUAAAACCUGCUCUCAACAGAGAAUUCCUGAGCAAAGUCGCCUGAGAACCACAGUUCUUCAUAUUCCAGUUCAGAUUUGCUCUAUAAUAUUACAAAUGAUUUGCUUGAUGCAGCAGAUGCUGCAGUUUUCACAUUGUUUACAUUAUUAAAAGGCCACUGGAAAUUAGAACAGCAAACAGUAAAAUUUUCAACUUUUUAUACUCAGUACAGGAGACAACAACAGAAACUUUAGUAAAGUACAAACAACUAAGACUUGCUAAUUUAAUCCAAGAUCGCGACAGUAAUUGGAAACCUCCAUUGCUCUGAGGAUAUUCCUGCUCUUGGAAACCCAUCUAUAAACAAGUAGAAGUCUCAUUCUUCUUGUGGAAAAUGUCAGUCAGGGUACAAAAGGAUUUUAUUGUCAGUCACAGUUCCAUUGCAUAUAACAAGACUGUCUUUAGCUUGUAAAAGAGCAUUUUAAUAUAUGUGAUACAUCUUGUGACAUUCUGUGGAUGACAUGUUUACAUCUGAGAAGUUACUCCAGUAAUGGAGACCUGAAGUCAGGAAUGUUGUGGAGACUGGGCAACUAUGUGGUCACUCCAGAAGUUACGAGUGUGGUAAUGUGGUCACUGACAAUUUGCUUGCUCCUGAAAUACAGCUGUAUGGUUGUUCCAUAAGUAUAAGGAAUCAUGUAAUCACUCCAACAAUUGGGUCACUCCUGAAAAAAACACCAUGUGAUUGGUCCAGAAAUGAGGUUAUGUGAUCACUUCAGCAAUUGGAUCAAUCCUGAUAAAGGGACAUGUGAUAACUCUGCAAGUGAGAGUUACCUUUUUAUAAUUUAGCUUGCUCGAACAUGUUGACACACCUCUGUGGCAGUCUGGUCUUGAAUCUGGACCUUUUGGCCCAGAGGUGGGUUCAUAUCACUCCAACAUAGAACCACUCUUGCAAUAGGGCCAUAUGAUCACUCCAGAUGAGAGAUUAUCUAUUCAUUUUAGGAGCACUCCUAAAAUAGCAUGAUGAAGUCACUUCACUGUGAGUGUGGGCAGAGACUUGCAUUCGGAUGGCACCUGGAGGCCAUGUGAUCCAUGUGCUUUGGAGUCGUCUUUCAGGACAGUUUUUACAUGUAACAGAACCAAACCAUCUAAGUGACGAAAAGGCCUCCUUUGUGGAAACCAGUUUGUUAAAGGAACAUUUUAAAUAUGGUUUUUGGAUUUUUAAACUCUCUUCAUAAAUUACCAACUAUAAUCAAACAUUCGUGUUUUGUUGAUACUGCAGUCAUCUUGUGGUUCAGAAAUAACCUGUGGUUCAGAAAUAACCCAUGGUUCAGGGCACUGUUACCUAAGCAUAGGAGCAGCAUAUAGAUUUUGUGGUUUGGCAUUUGUAGUUACACCUUAAUUUCUGUGAAAUUUAGAGUUUAGCUGUAGCAUACCACCAAUUCAUAGUUUUAAAAUAAAUCACAAUUGUUACAACCCAGUUUAACAAUAAUCUGCAUUGAGACCCAGCAGGUUUGUGCUCUUCCAGCUUGUCCGCAGAUAAUGCUCAAAUAACUUGAAUGGAAGCUCCAAAUGCAGAUCACCUGGAACGUUAAUGCAGAGAAGCCUAACUGGACAAACAUGCCACUUGCUAGCUUCAAAAUAAGAUUUCCUUUUUAAGUAACAAGGAUAAUGUACAUAAAUAUCUUUUGGAUAACA